GCCAGCCCGCCCAGCCAGCUCGGGCUGCUCGCUGCUCGGCUCGGCAGAACCACUGCGACCGACGACCGGGCCGCACCGGUACCUCGCGCGGUACUGCGGUACCCGUGGCCGUGGCACAGCGCGCGGCGCGGCGCCACAUCGCGGGGAAGGCCCCAGCGGAACGCGGCGCUACGCGGCGCGAGCGUGGUGGACGUCCACCAGUGCACCGGGUGUGACGUUCCGGGCGACCUGCGGGACUAGCCGCCGCCAUGAAGGAACACCGAGUUCGAACUCUGCGGGUCACCACUCCGAGCAACAUAGCCAGCCGAGAGCGCGGCGACGCCGGCCAGGCGGACGACUCCCUGUGGGGCGUCCAGGUGCUCCAGCUGCAGCUGGGGCCAGCCUGCAGGGCCUGCCCCGAGGCCUGCCCCGAGGCCUGCCCGGACUUCGGCCACGUGCUGGGCCUGGCCGACGGCAAGGGGGGCCCUCGCGGCGCGGCCCCCUCCCUCUGCACCCCCGGCCCCGCCUCGGAGGGGGCCCUCCAUGCCCCCACCUUCGGCGCCGUCCCAAACGGGGCGUGUCCUGACCGCCGCCGCCCGGUGUGCAGCAUCUGCGGUCCGAAUGUGGGGGCACAGCCUAAGCGACGGAGCGUGGUGAUCCAGCAGCGACGUCCGGCCGGAGACUUUGACCCCGAGUCCUCGUCGGACUCCUCGUCGAGCUUGGACCGCUUGGAAGCCAUCCCCGGGGCCGGCGCCUCGUCGUGCACGUGCGCGGGGCCGUGCGUGCAGCCUCUGCUUCACCUCCUGUCGGGCGACCUGGACCGCUGCUUCGACGACGUGCUGCUGGCGCUGCGCCUGCUAGUGCAGCCCGGCGACGCUCCCCGCCUCGUCGACGGCGUGACCGUCAACGGCGUGACGGUGCGGCCGUGUGCCGAACGGGGCGUGCGCGUGUGUGCGUGCGGCCGCGAGGCCGUGCUGGCCGUGCCGCCGGGGCGGGGCCCUCGGGGCGCUGGUCCUCCGGACUGCUGGCUGGCCGGGCGGGACGCGGGCGGCCACACGCCGCUGCUGCUCGCGGGCCGCCGCCUGCUGACGGCCGGCCGGUGGGCGGACGCGGCGCGCGUCGCGGCGCUGCUGUUGGCCGCGGGGUGCGACGCCAACGCCGUGAACCGCGAGGGCCGGUCGCUGCUGUCGUACGCCGUGGCCGCCCUGGACGACGCCCUGGACACCACGCGCCUGCUGCUCAACCACGGCGCCACGGUCUGGGGCCACGAGGUGGAGGGCCACAGCCUGCGGAUGCCGCCCGCCGCCAGCCAGCCCGACCCGCCCGCCGUGUUCGCGUGGUUCCUCCGCGCCGUGAUCCGGCGCCGCCGCCUGGACGAGGGCUGCCUGCGCACGCUGGCGCUCGUGUCGCACGCCAUGGCGGACCGGCCCCGCCACAUGCACGGCCUGGUGCUGCGGACCAUGUUCCGGCACAGCCGCUGCUACCGCGUCCUGGGCCCCGUCUUCCUCCAGAUCAAGACGGCCAUGGCGAGGCACUGGAGUCGUCCCCAAGACCUUCGUGUCCUGUGCCGCCGCGCCGUGCGCCGCGCUCUGGGGCCCGCCAAGCUGCACGCAGGGGUGGCCUCGCUGGGGCUGCCCGGGCCGCUCCAGGACUACCUGCUGCUGCACUCGUGAGCCCGCGUGCCCCAGCCAAGCCUGCCAACAGGAGUUGUUCCAGACGUCGUCCAAAGACAAGAAUCGUGGCGGAAGCGGAACUGUACCGACCAACAGAUCAAUCGUAGGGAGUGACCCGGAUACCAUGGAGUCAGCAAAUGGGAUUUUAGAGACCGGUUCCAUUGAUGGUUCACUGUCAGGUCAUAACUCCGAAGCUCGAGAGGAGUCUCCAUUCAUAACUUAUUGUACGUAUGUUUAGUUGUGUUCCAUGGGGGCGUGGGAACGGUGCCAGGGGAGGCUAAGUUCCGUUCAUGAAGGGGCAAAAGACGGCGACCGGCCACCCCUCCUGACCGGAAAACGUUCCUUCGCCACUCCGGUUCUCAAUGUGCAUCAUCACGAUGUAGUGUGGGCAGCAUGUGCGUAGACCGUUUGAAAAUUCUGUGAUAGUGCAAAGACAAUAUCCUCCCCCUCCCCCCUCUUUCAAACUGAAAGGAAAAUCAUUUUCCGUCCAAUCCUUUGUAUACUGUGUACGAAGUGCUUGCGUCUCCACUGCACUUCAAGCAUUCAGACACACUGUGCAAGACAACUUAGACAACUUCAAAGGUCUGAAAACUUGUGUUCAACUUGUCACCUAUAAGUGAUUCCUCUUUUGUCCAAUGCAAGAAAUAAUUCAGCAACUUGAGUGUAAAUACUCAAUUUGAGUAGAAUAAAUAAGCUGUGCUGUUC